UGUCUCUCGUGCCCCUCGUCGUCUUUCGUUUUCAGAAGACGUUACAUAAUUCCUCUUUUUCCCUUCCUUUUUUAGAUCGGCCUCACAGGCUUAGACUGAGCAUUCAAACCUCACACCCCCACAGUCUCUGUCUCAGACAAAAACCGUUGCAUCGCCGGAAGAGAACAAUCUGAAAGCCCAGAAUUGGGUUUUCUAUUGAUUUCUUCCUCUUCGUUCCUUUUCCGAAGAGACCAUGAGUUCGAAAGCGUCAGAGAGCUGGAAUGCUUUUCGCUUUUCUCCGCCGUCGGGCUCCCGCCGUCCUCCUCCCGGAUCGGUGCUGCGCUCAGGCGAACAGGAUGCCGGCAGGAACGUCGGGAAGCCCUGCUUCCGUCCGGCCAAGUUUUGCUCCAGAGGCCAUUGGAGGGCUGAAGAGGAUAUCAAGCUGAAAGAGCUCGUCGCCAAGGACGGUCCCCAGAAUUGGAAUCUGAUCGCAGAGAAGAUUCCGGGCAGAUCAGCAGGGAAAAGCUGCAGAUUGAGGUGGUUCAACCAGCUUGACCCGAAGAUUAACCGGCAACCGUUCACGGAGGAGGAAGAGGAGAGGCUGCUGGCGGCGCACCGCAUGUACGGCAACAAAUGGGCGAUCAUCGCCCGGCUCUUCCCCGGCAGGACGGACAACGCCGUCAAGAACCACUGGCAUGUCAUCCUCGCCCGCCACCGGAGGAACCAGGUUCCCGGUUCCGUCCCGACGCAGCCAGGAAACGCCGAAUCGGCGGCGUCCACUUGCACCGAUCUCUCCCUCUCCGGCAGUUCCUCCUCUUCGUCAAAAACCCAUCCUGAAUCCCACCCAACUCCCAUUCCUCAACGUCAAAUCGUUCACGCAAAUCCAGGGCUAGCUUUGGACGGUGGGAAAUCGGAGACAAGAAGUCGGCCGCCGUCACCGCCGAACUCUUUAUCUGUCUCAGUGGCUCAUAAUAACGACGCCGUUUCUGGUAGUGAUGCAGAAAAUUGUCUCCAGAAGAAGACUGCGAUUUAUGACAAUCAGUUUAACAAAAUGCCCUGCUACUUUGAUUUUCUAGGUGUCGGAGCCGACUGAGUCAGCAGGGGUAAAAUGGGGAUUGUAGUUUUUAUUUUACAUUUUUACUUUUUAGUUUUUACCUUUGGGGUUGGUUGGUUUGAGUUGAAAUUAGGAUGAGGAAGAAAGUGGGCGGCUGAUAAGGCUAGACCCAACAACUUAAUUACUGUAGGGAAAACAGAAAGGUGGGUUUUGGUUGGUUGUAACCGGAAGGUCAUGAUUAAGGUAAAAAUGGGUUGGAUUAUCUGCAUCUUAGUUCUUUAUUUGGAAUAAUCCCCAUUAAUAACCACCAUCUUAAUCCAUCCAUGAAAUUAUUAAUAGUGUCAAAUGUCAAUUAAAUGUGACUAGUUUAAGUGCACUUUAAAGAUCUUGUAUUUUUCUUUAUUGGUCUAUCUAUCAUUUAGAUUUCUCUAUUUUAUAAACAUUAAUUAACUUCAGUUUGUAAUAGUGUAGGAUUUCAUCC